UUUGAAGUGAAAAUAAUGUCUUUUAUUUCCUUUAAUAAAGUUAAAAUAAAAAAAACUUGGCAACUAUAAUUUUGGUGGCUGAAGGAGAAAAAUAAAUUUAUAAGGCUUUUGACUGGUCAAAUUCAAGAAAUGCAUAUACAAUUUUUGUAUUUCUUUAUCUUUGUAUAUGUAUAUGCAAGAAAAACAAGAUAUGACAGUUACCCAUUUAAAACUCUAGUCUCCAAGUAUCUUAAAACCAUAUAUAAUUAAUAAAAUGUACAACGAUAAGCGUUUAGAUAAAUCACAAACAAUGCCAGUACCACCGCCACCGACGGAAAUCCUCCAUCAUAAUCAUCACCUCUCCCAUCAUCCUCACCAUCAUCCCCAACAGAUCCUGCAUCAUCAUCCACCUCCGCCUCAACCACCCCAACAGCAGCAGCAGCAACAACAGCAGCAACAACAACAACAGCAGCAGCCUCAACACCCACAUCACCAUCAUCAGCAUCUGCAACAUCAGCACCAAUUACAGCAGCAACAGCAACAAUCACAAUCGCAGUCACAGCAGCAACAACAACAACAGCAAUCAGCAAUGUUUACAAGAUUCGACGCGAAUAAAUCAACAAAAGGUGCAUCCAAACUACGGCGGGAUCUAAUCAAUGCGGAGAUAGCCAACCUCAGAGAUUUACUACCGCUGCCACAGUCAACGAGACAGCGGUUAUCGCAGCUCCAGCUAAUGGCGCUGGUGUGUGUUUACGUUCGAAAAGCGAACUACUUUCAACAAGUUUUUAAACGACACGACAUUUCAAUUCACCAUGCGCCAACACCAAAUAUAGGCUUCUCCAAGGCCCUCUCUGGAUUUCUAAUGAUGCUAACGCAAAAUGGAAAACUCUUAUAUAUUUCUGAUAAUGCAGCCGAAUACCUUGGGCAUUCAAUGGAAGAUCUUCUCAUCCAUGGUGAUUCGGUUUACGACAUCAUUGACAAACAGGACCAUGGACCAAUUCAAGCCGAACUCAAUCGCAAUGUUCCUCAACAGCCCGGUCAACAACAUAACUCAGCCAUGUCCAGUCUUGAGGGUGAACAUCGCAUGUUUCUCUGUCGAAUGAAUGUCAGUCGAAACGCCAGAAGACAAAUGAGAUUCGGUGACCAGAAGGUUGUAUUAGUUCAAGGCCAUUACCUGUCAUUUCUGCCACUAUGCAGUCGCAAUGAGCCGGUCUUUUUGGCUACAUGCACACCGAUUGCAAUGCCCGAGACCAGGGAGUGUGUUGUACAAGGUGCAACAAAUGUGUUUACAACAAUUCAUUCAAUGGACAUGAAAAUAGCACAUAUAGACAAGAAUGGCGAGUUUCACUUGGGAUAUAGUAAAAGUGACAUACAAGGAUUAUCGUGGUAUCACCUUAUACAUUCGGAUAAUCUUCGUGAGGCUCAAAAUAAACACCGGCUAAUUACCCAAUCGGAACAGGAUAGGUCGUGCAUACUAUUGGUCCGGAUGCAAAGGCGACAAGGAGAAUUCAUUUGGGUGCAUGUUGUUCUUCAAGUUCGUGAUAGUCAGGAUAGUAGCAAUCAACAACCGGUGAUAGUUUGUACAAAUCAAGUUUUGAAUGAACGUGAAGCAUCUGUAAUGGUUGCAAAUUCUUGGCUGUAUCAUUUCUAUUCGGUUCAAUCGAAAAUUCAAUUCGGAUUGCCAUUCGAAGGACCAACUCGUGUCCCGCCGACCACACCUGCGUACUAUCACCAUCACCCAACCCAUCCACACCAUCAUCAUCAUCAUCAGCUACACCAUCAUCAUCAUUCGCCAACACUGCCGGCGAAUCUUGCACAUGGUUAUCCCCCGCCCCCACCACCACCAUCAUCGUCACAUGUGCCAUAUGGAUACCAUUCACCCGUGGGCAUAGGAUCAGCCGGCCAUCACCACCAUCAUCAUCAUCAUCUAUCGGCUUCGCAACAAUCACCUACGUCACAUCAUGUGAUGAGUAGCAAUGGUGGCAGUGAUGGUAGUCACCAUCAGCUACAGCAUCACAAUGGUUCAGUUGACGGUCACGGGAUGAACACGACGACUCCAACGACGACGACGUCAAUCGAAAACGCAACAACGUACGCCUCUGUGUAUCGCCUAGAGACCCAACCAGUUGAUUACAGCCAAGUACCACCUUCUCAGACAACAUCGACGUCCGCUACAUCACCAAAUCCACAUCAGGUCGAAAUGCGUUGCAACAGCGCCAAUAGCUCGGUGUCCAGCUCAAAUUACAAUAGCAUGCGAUUGGGAUCACCACCUGCUGUGAAAAAGCGUCUAAUUGGCAAGCUGGAACCGUUGUAUGUCGUUGAGAAUCAUUCACCCGAGUCAAUUACCGACCUGGACACUCACUAUGGCAGCAUGGAUCUGCAUCACCACCACCAUCAUCACCAUCAUAGUAGCUCGGUGGUUUUUGCCACUGUUGUGCCGACACGACCACGUUUGCUGACCAAAGCUUUACCUAGUGAUCCGCCGGACUUUAUUGAUCAGUGGAAUCCAAGUCCUCCAUGGUCUGAAACAGCUCAGAAGCUUACCGAUUCUGCCCAUCAGGAGCUGAGUCCCUGUAUAACAACUACCCCGCCAACACCCACGAGUGCACCACCCGUACAGACACUUGGUCCAGCAUUUUCAUUUGAAUGGAUGUCAGAUCAAUUCGUGCCCAUAAUGGAUCCAUCUUGUGGACCAUGCGUAUCGUGUUUUACUCCCGAAGGAAUUCCUGUUCAAGUGCCAGUUCAUCAGAUGUCAUUAGCACAUCACCAUCAUUGGUCGCCAGUUGUGCCGCCAACAGCUCAAAUCCCUGCUGAGCAUCCACAUCACCAUAGACUUAUUCUGCAUAAUGGCAAUUUGGGUUCGCCGACAGCGACAACGGCGGCAGAGGACAAUAUUAAUGGUGAACAUGUGACGGUCAUUACCAAAGGCGAGGUUAUAGAUGAAACCGAUGCUAAAGGUUCAAGGAGUUGAGAAUGAAUCAAGACUCGGAGAAUCAAGAAACAACCUAAUUUAUAAUUAAAAAAAGGUCAACAAGGUGGCAAAAUCUUUGGCUGGUUAGUGCAAUUUAAAAACAAUAUAAAAAUGUAAGACCUGGGGACACAAUUUAGAAAAAAAAUAUAUUUUAUUUAUUUUAAAGCGUAUAUAAGAAAUCAAAAGACACCAAACGCAAACCCUUGAAACUUUGGAAUAACAUUUCAUAUGGAAAUUAAAAUUAUAAUUACCUCCUACUUAAA